CCAAACACACCUGUACUUUUCCUCCAUCUCGUCUCGCCGCCUUUACUUCUCCCAUCCGCCCCUGCGCGCGCGCGCUCUCUCCCCCCUUUCUCGCGCGGCAACCGGGCCGCCGCCGCCGCCGCCGCCCUACCUCAGGUGCCCAGGUCUUCUUCGUUCGCUCCACCAGCCGCCAGGUCUUCGUAGGCCCAUUCCCCCGCUCUUCGUCGGCUCCUUCAAUCCGCCGGCGACGAGCACCCAUCAGAGGCUGGGAACUCCAAAGAGGAACAGGGUCCAUGGAGGCUGGAGGCGCAGGAAAUGGUUCGAAUGGGGCGGCGCAGACAAAGGGGAGUGGGGGUGAUGGCUCCACCAAGACGCCGCCGCCACUUCCCCCUUGCUGUGUCAAGGCGAGAGCCGCGGCACCUGAGUCUGAGGCCAAGUGCCAUGCCACCGUGGUUUCGGGAUGGUUCACCGAGCCACGAUCACACUGCGGUAAAGCCAGCAAGGUUCAGUAUUACAAUAAUCCAAUGUGGCCAGGAGAGGCCCAUUCCUUGAAAGUGGAGAAGAUAUUGUACCAGGGGAAAUCACCAUACCAGGAAGUCCUAGUCUUUGAGUCGUCAACCUAUGGGAAAGUCCUUGUGCUUGAUGGUAUUGUUCAAUUGACCGAUAAGGAUGAAUGUGCAUACCAGGAAAUGAUUACUCACCUCCCUCUUUGUUCAAUUCCAUCCCCUAAAAAGGUUUUGGUUAUUGGUGGUGGUGAUGGAGGUGUACUUCGAGAGAUUUCCAGACAUAGUUCAGUGGAGUCCAUUGACAUAUGUGAAAUUGAUCAGCUGGUUAUUGAUAUUUGCAAAGAUUUCUUCCCACAUUUGUCUGUUGGAUUUGAAGAUCCUCGUGUUCAACUUCAUGUUGGUGACGCCGUGGAGUUCUUGAGAAAUGCUCCUGAAGGGACAUAUGAUGCUAUCAUUGUUGAUUCAUCAGACCCAAUAGGGCCUGCUCAGGAACUUGUGGAGAAGCCUUUUUUUGAGACCAUCGCUAGAGCUUUGAGGCCUGGUGGUGUUCUUUGUAAUCAAGCUGAGAGUAUGUGGUUGCAUACACAUUUGAUUCAGGACAUGCUUUCAAUUUGCCGUGAGACUUUCAAGGGUUCUGUCCGCUAUGCAUGGACUAGUGUCCCAACAUACCCAAGUGGGGUGAUUGGGUUUCUGCUAUGUGCCAAAGAAGGACCACCGGUCAACUUUCUGACUCCUAUAAAUCCAAUUGAAAAAGUGGAAGGAGCUACUAAAGCAGGAAGGGAGAUCAGAUUUUAUAACUCAGAGAUGCAUAGGGCAGCGUUUGUUCUUCCGACCUUUGCGAAGAGAGAGCUAGAAGCAUAUUGUGCUUCUACGUAAACAGAGCAGGCAGAGGAGGAAAUAGCGACACCACCACCAAAGCUAACUGUGGCUCCAGAGAGUGGAAUUCUCAGUGCAUCCUAGCUUAGACCGGCGUGACUCAGAACCGAGACACGUCUAGAAACCGUCCCUUCACGGCAUUCCCUAGUAUCGCCAAUUGGAUACGCUCUUGCUCUAUCACGUAUUGUAAGCAUGGACAUAUGGAGUGUGUGUGGGGUGCAUUGGAAUUUGACGCGUAAUGAGGCGCUCAUGUGUUAAUAAUAAUCUAUGCUCCUGUGUUAUGGCACCAACAAUGAGAUGACAAAUGGCAUGGUAAGGAAAAGACGAACAGUGUGAUGAGUCUGACGUGAUGAGCAAAUUCCACAUUGCACUUUACCCAUCCUUUUUCGCAUUUUGUUGGUGACGUUGUGUGUUGGGCUAUUAUUGUUUGGUGGUCAUUUCUUCACCACCGGAGUCCAGAGGCGUGCUCCCAGGCUUUGCAGCAAUGUUAUACGAUUGGCUUUGUGUUU